AAAAAUCCCAAUAAACCAUUAUUAGUAUUCUAAUUUCAUGGAUGAAAGUUGCAGAGCUUUCGCGACUUAAGCAGCUUCAGAAGAUUGAUAUCCAUGACAACACCAUAGAAGUUGGUUCUCAUCUCUGUUGAGGGAAAGUUCCUUCACUUCAUUUCCUAGAUUUGUCAAGAAACAAGUUACAGGGUAACAUUCCAAAAUGCUUGUGUGAGAAUCUCCAUGUCAAAGAGCUCUCUUUGUCCAACAACAUUCUCAUUGGAAAGAUUAACGCAUGCUUGAGAAAUAUGACUUCACUUGAAUAUCUAGAUCUUUCUUAUAAUAGUUUCAAUGCUUCUUUUUCAGUUUCCCACUUUGCAAAUUUAUCGAGGUUAAGUUACCUCGACAUAUCAUGGAAUUUCUUGGAAGUUGAAACUGAGUCCAUAACUCGGGUUCCAUCUUUCAAUCUCUCCGUGCUAAAUUUAGUUGCUUGUAACCUCAAGAUCAUCCCCAGCUUCAUCUCCUCACAGAGGCACUUGAAAUCACUAGAUUUAUCAUACAAUUCAUUGGCCGGGGAGAUUCCUUCAUGGGUGAUUGACAAUGUCUCUAAAGAAUUGCAGCUAAGAGGAAAUGGUUUCAUAGGACCAUUUCCUAAGUCCUUUCAGAACAGUUCACAGCUUAGUGAACUUGACAUCUCUGAUAAUUUUUUAUCAGGGUCAUUUCCUGGAGAUAUUGGUCUCAAUUUUCCAGAAUUGCUCCAUCUAAAUGCUUCCUGGAAUAAUUUUAGCGGCAGGCUUCCUCCAUCCUUUGUUAGAAUGAAACAGCUUCUGUUUCUGGAACUAUCAGGCAAUCAAUUCCAUGGAGAAAUCCCUUGUGGCAUGACAAGCAAUGUGAGCUCUUUUGAAUAUUUGGGAUUAUCUAGAAACAACUUGACAGGAGACGCACUUCCAAAAAAUUCCAGCUUGCCUAAGUUGAGGUGGCUUUAUCUUCACAGAAAUCACUUCACUGGAAACUUCCCACAUAGCCUGUCAAAGAGCAUGGAUUUGCUGCUUGUUGACAUUCGAGACACUGACAUGUCAGGUGAGCUUUCAUCAUACUUGCAUGUUCUCCCUCAAAUAAGAGUGCUCCUCCUUGGAGGAAACAAUUUUGAAGGGGAAAUACCACAGCAACUAUGCCAGAUGAGACGUUUGCAUCUUUUAGACCUUUCAAGGAAUAAUCUUCACGGUGGCAUUCCGAAGUGUAUUGACAAUAUUACUUCCUGGACAGAUGAGACACUUGGUCUCAACUUUCCAUGGCGCCCUUGGACUACAUUUGAAUUCAUUACCAAAGGUCAGUCAUAUACAUAUAGUGGAAGCAUUGCCUCCUACAUGCUUGGUAUAGAUAUGUCCUUCAACAGAUUGACAGGGACAAUCCCUCUCGAAAUGACACAACUGGGUAUGAUUCAUAGCCUGAACCUGUCCAACAACCUUCUCACAGGUCAAAUUCCGGCAACCUUAGAAAACAUGAGCAACUUAGGAUCCCUAGAUCUUUCCAGAAACAUUCUCUCUGGCAAAGUACCCCAAGAACUACCAUCUCUUUUCAGUCUGGCGGUUCUUAAUCUUUCUUUCAACAAUCUGUCAGGCAGGGUACCAUUUGAAGGAGUAUUCGCAGCAUUUGAUAAAUCUUCUUACUUGGGAAAUCCUGGUCUUUGUGGCCUACCACUGGAUAAGAAGUGUGAUGAAGUUCUAGAGAAGUCAUCCUUUUUGUUCCCAAAUAAGGCCACUACAUACACUUUACUACUACCGUUUUUAUGUGCCAUUCUUCUUCUUUUUUUAGAAUAAAUGUGUUUGUUUGAUUUUUAGAUCUAUUUUUUAAGCCUUUCCCUUUACCAAUUCUCCUUGUAGAAGAAAAGGAUGCACGUUCAUGAAAGAAAGUAUCGUGUAAGCUUGAACAAUCUCAGUAGAAAAAAGAGUGUCAUAAAAAGGGUCUUCUUUU